AUGCAUGGCGAAUCUGAGUCUUCCUCCUCCAGAAACAGCUCUGGCACCAAAGUAAACAUAUCCUCUGAAGCACUCUCCUACGACCAAACCAUCCCCAGAACAACCUCCUUCUUGAAACCAGGCUCCACCUUCUGUGGGUUUCAGCUCAACUCCAAGUUCAAGUCCAGGAGCAAAGUCACCAUCGAGCUUGUCGACGUCGACUUGACCAAAUCAACGCUUGCUGGCUUGCUCACCAUCAAGAGCUUGUCCUCAAUCGACUACAAGUUCACCACCUACUUUGUUGGCGAGAUCAUAAGCGAAAAGUACAACUUUCUCACCCGAAAGCCUGAUUGGGUGUCCAACGAUGCCAUUGAUGUUCACCAUUGGUCCAAGUUUCCUUCCUGGAGAAGAGAUUUGAAAGCAAAGGUCGAAGCAGAGACACACAACAACUCGUUAUAUGUUCACAGAAGGUUUUUGGACGAGAACUAUGUUUACAUGAGAUGGAAGGAGUUGUUUUUGUUUCCUGAUCCUGACCAGGUCCUUGAAAACUGCUCCUUUGAUGGCUUUUAUUAUAUCUGCUUUAAUCAAACGAUUGGCGUUAUCACUGGCUAUUAUUUCUAUCUACAACCAGAUUUGAAUAUUCAGUGUAAUUCAAAACUAGAGUUGGCUCAUAUUCCUGAUGGGGGAAUGAGCGAGUCCUUUGAACUACUUUAA